AUGAUGGUGAUGAUGAUACAGCUGAAUAUAAUUCAUCGAUCAGUCGCUGUAGUAAUCCUUCUCAGUGUAUUUGUCAGUGCACUCAACGAUACUACUGAUCCAGGAUAUGCUAUUCUACAGUUUAUGCAACGUUAUGAUGCCAACUUAAAGUAUCCGGUCAAUUUGGAAAAUGAUCUGCUGUGUAAUUGUACGCAUGUUGGGUGUGACAAAGAGGUGGCCAGAUUGCUGGGCAGAAAUUUCACGCGUAUUUGUCGUUCGAGAGGUGGCACGUGCUACAAACGAAUUGCUCGUGAUGGCAGCGUAAUCCAUGCAUGUAUUGGCGCGGAUGCAGUGCCAGACUUGUUCUGUUCAGCCAGACAACCGAUGCCUGAUGGAAGUGUUAUGGCGUGUUGCAAUAAUCGUUCAUUCUGUAAUGGCGAUCUCCAUCUAGAACUACCUGUACAAGUGAAAGAAGACUCAACACGAUGGCGUGUCGUAAUAAUCGUGUUAACAGUUUUGAUAGCGCUGGCACUAGUGUUUGGCAUACUAUUCACAGUUGCGGUUAUUAAUAAACCAAUUAAGCAAUGCGUCUUCUAUUGGCUAUUCAGACGAUCAAACGUAUCAAAUACACAAGAGACUGGCACAGAAGAAAUGCUUCUGGGUUCGCCAUCUGAUGAUUUGGCGCAUCUGAGUGAUUUAUUGGGCAAUCUUGAUGAUAGUGACACCACUGGCUCCGGAUCAGGCUUGCCACUUUUGGUACAAAGAACGAUCGCAAGACAGAUCGAAUUACAUUCUGAAAUUGGCAAAGGACGUUUUGGAGAGGUAUGGCUCGGUUCAUGGAAAGGUGAUCCAGUAGCGGUGAAAAUAUUCAGUUCAAGAGAUGAACGCUCAUGGAAUCGUGAGGUUGAAGUGUUUCAAACAAAUAUGCUUCGACAUUCGAAUAUUCUUCGUUUCAUUGCUUCUGAUAACAAAGUACAUAUUCAUUCUUUGUUGUUUGAUAUAGUGCAGCAAGAUGAACUAUGGAUGUGUCUUACAGAUACUGGAACAAGUAUGCAGUUAUGGUUAGUAACAGAAUACCAUGCGUUUGGUUCAUUAUUCGACUACUUAUCACAGAAUACGAUCUGUUCAGUUGUUAUGCUACAGAUGUUGAGAAGUAUUGCAAACGGUCUCGCAUUUCUUCACGCUGAAGUACCUGGAAUGCACAGUAAACCGGCGAUUGCACAUCGCGAUCUGAAAACGAAGAAUAUCUUGGUCAAAUCGAACCUAACCUGCGUAAUCGCUGAUCUUGGUUUGGCAGUUCGAUAUAUCAACGGUGAAUUAAACCUACCUGAUAACAAUAAAUGUGGAACCAUUCGUUAUCUGUCGCCUGAAGUAUUGUCAGAUUCGUACGCAAUCAAUCAAUUCGAUGCGUAUAAAAUGUCCGAUAUGUAUGCAGUUGGGUUGAUUAUUUGGGAAUUGGCAACAAGAUGCGACGUUAACGAACCCAUACAGAACUACGAACCACCCUAUUCGGAGUGGGUCACUCGUGAUCCGUCAAUUGAAGAGAUGCGUGAAUGCGUUUGUGUGCAGAAACACCGACCCACUCUGUGUGAUAUGUGGAAAAGCGAUAAGAUGAUGAGCGAUAUCGAGAGAAUGAUGACGGAAUGUUGGGCAGAAUCACCGUCGAAUCGACUGACAGCGAUGAAUGUACGAAUAGCAGUUGAUCGACUUGCAAAUUCAUUCGAUAUCAAAUUGCAAACUACAUCUUAG